GUGCUGCACGUCGCAGCAUGGAGGGCGUCUGAAGACAGUUUGACAAAUACCAAUGAUUAAAAGACCGCUUUUAUCGAGCGUUUGUAGAUACCUUGUCAUUUAUUGACAAGAAGACAUUGUUCUCACUUGAGCUGGUCAUAAAAUGAAAUUGCAAGUCGAGAUAUUCUUGUGGUUUGAUAUUUUCCUGGAUUUUUAGGGCUAGUCUGAAAUCUGACAUGUUUUGCCUGAGGCUACGUCUGUGGCUGCGGCCUGGGACACAGUUAUACACUGUUCCCCUGCAUAGUGCUCACAAGCUGGCUUCACUCCAGAAAGCCUCGCAGCUUCCUCAGAGAAAGCUCCAAGAACUGCUUCAUCCCUUCAGCAAGUUGGAGCCUUACCUGGACAGGUCUGUGGACAGAACCCAGUUCCAACUGUUUUUUCCUAGCUUAGAAGACAUGGUCAAGGCAGAGAAGCUGUUCCAUGCCUCCCCGUUUCAUAGAAUUGAUUACUUGACCUCAGCAGUGAGAGUGGACCAUGCACCCAAACUGACUCAGCCAGAGGUGUGCUUUAUUGGCAGGAGCAAUGUCGGAAAAUCGUCUCUUAUCAAAGCUUUGUUCUCACUGACCCCUGAAGUAGAGGUUCGAGUCUCCAAAACCCCAGGUCACACAAAGAAGAUGAACUUCUUCAAAUUAGGCAAGGCUUUCACCUUAGUGGACAUGCCAGGCUAUGGUUACAAGGCACCCAAAGACUUUGUGGAAAUGGUGGAGCCCUACUUGGCCACAAGGAAAAAUCUGGUGAGGAUAUUUCUGUUGGUGGAUGGAUGUGUCGGUCUUCAGGAAGCUGACCAUAUUGCCCUGGAAAUGUGUGAGGAGAUGAAACAUCCUUAUGUGGUGGUGGUGACCAAGAUUGACAAGUGUGGGCAGGCGGUGCUGUUGACCAACCUGAUGAACAUUCAAGAGGUUGUGAAAACACAAACCACAGGUUGCUUCCCCCAACCCUUUCUGGUCAGCUCCCUCUACUUCUCGGGGAUCCACCUGCUGAGGUGUUUUCUUGUCCACAUAACAGGGAACACCCACCUUUCGGAAAAGUUUCAAAUCUGACUCGAGGCCAGCUCCACCUCCCCCUGCAUUGCACACACCAAUGGGCACGAACCCACCUCAAAGGACCUCAUGUGACCCUUUUAAAUUCCAACAACGCCUUUAAAGUAAAUCUUGGAAUGUAUAUAUGAAAGUCGGACUUGCAAGCUACAUAACAGCAGAGCUGCAUCUUCUUGUCAUGAUGCUUUCUAUAGUCCAGUUCCAUUCACUUUGACUUGGAUUAUUCCUUGAGGAAAUGGAAAAAAAUUGUUAUUUUCAGAAAAGUCCUGUUUGUAUGAGGUGAAAGUGUCUCAGCAAGGAUGCCUUUAAAACACAAGCCAGUCAUACUUGUUUUACUGACACUUUUAUCAGUAGCCUUGUGAAGAAGUGUUAAAACACUGGAAGGAUCAGCUCCUGUGUUUGGAGUCGUUAUGAGUCAGGGGCACAACCCUCUCUCAUUUUCUACAACCCUAUUCAUUAUAUCAGAACCUGCCUGGAGGAAUGAGGCACAAGACAGCUGUUUCAUGAUCCCAGAAAUCAGAGUUGAUGCAGUGCAUGGACAGACGGGACCUACAGGAAGACGGUCGGUAGAGAAAAGCCACAGAUGAGCCGCAAAUCUAGUUUUCACAAGUGCCAACAUGAACAGAACAAAUGAAGAGCACACAUCUAUACACCACAACACAUAUAACUUUUACCAAGUCGUCAUAUUUCUGAAACACAAGCUUCAUUUUUAAACGACAGAGUGUGUGUUUGUGUCUCGCCGUGUCUGCAGGUGGAUAGCUGGAUGAGGGUGUGUGUCCUGGUCGCUGCACUAGCACCUCCUCUGGUCGGUUGGGGCGCCUGUUCAGAGAGGAGGGGAACUGGGGGGAAUAGUGUGAUCUUCCCACGCACUAUGUCCCCGUGACGAAACUCCUCACUGUCAGGUGAAAAGAAGCAGCUGGUGACUCCACAUGUAUCGGAGGAGGCAUGUGGUAGUCUGCAGCCCUCCCUGGAUCGGUAGAGGGGGUGGAGCAGCGACCGGGACAGUGGGGAAGAGUGGUUAUACAACUGGGAGAAAAAAUGUAAAAUAUAUAUAUAUUUUGGGCAAAGCUUUUUUUUUUUUCAGACAAGGCAUUGCCAGCUAUAGGAAAGACUGCCUUUCACUGGAGGACAUGGUCAUGAUCAAGCUCCUGUUUUGGCAAGCAUCUCUACUGCUGAGGUGCUCUUGAGCAAAUACACAGGUUCCCUACCACCCUGACUUCUGUUUGUACUGGUUACAAAUGAUUGCUUAAUUAGCUAGUGAUUAAGCAGCAACUCAUAUUCAGACACAUUCACCAUGUUAAACAUGCCAGUGUUGCCAGAUAUGAAGCUGAAUGACAUGUCAAUAGUACUGUGGUAACCGGUGGAUUGGCUACCGUAUAGCAUUGCUGUAAAGCACAUAUUUAACAGCUAGCAAAUGUGUUAACUUUUAAUGUUUAAUUUCUGGUAAUGUUAUGGAGUUAAGCAUUGGCUAAUUGGCAUGGUAUUUUUAAUUGCUGUUAUCAGGAAUUCCAUAAUAUCACUUUCUCUUCAUUCUCUAGACUUGAUCAAUUUGAAUAUUAAAUUCGAUUGUACGCUUGUGUGCAAUUUGUCAUGCUGAAGAGCAGUGCUGUUUUUCUGCAUAUAAGGGGACUAGUGCCUUGUUUUUAAACUAUUCAUGUGUUGAGAUAUUUUACACUAUUUGCAGUGAGUGGUUGUUCAGUAACCUAAAUGUUAAACAGUUCCACCUCCAGCCUUCAAUAAUUGAAAGAGCAAAGGCGAUAAAGAUGAUGAAGGUACUUUGUCACUGUACAUAGAAUGAAAUUCAUUCUCUGCAUUGAACCCAUCCUCUAUACACAUUAGAAGCAGUGGGCAGCUGCAGUGCCCGAGGACCAACUCCAGUUCUUCUUUCCAUUGCCUUGCUCAGGGGCACAGACAGGAGUAUUAACCCUAACACGCACGUCUUGUUUGAUGGUGGGAGGAAACCAAAGCACCCGCAAGAAACCCACGCAGACACGGGGAGAACAUGCAAACUCCACACAGAAAGGACCUGUCAUGGCCUGGGGUUCAAACCCAGGACCUCCUUGCUGUGAGGAAACUGUGCCAACAACUGGGCCACCGUACCGGCCCAAGACAAGCAGAUGUGGAUAACCUAACCCAAAUAACAGACUGGGAUAGUCCAUAACCUAAUGAUUUCUUUCUUGGAGCAGAACUGUAGUAGUAUAAUUAAGAAUAAGUUUAAAAAGAUAAAAAUUAGUGUAUUAUUUUUUAUUAAUUUUUCACCCUUGUCUGUGUUUAUGUGAAUGAGUUCAUUGUAUAUCUGUCAUAUUUAUCUGUACUUGAUGUCAUUUC